AUGCCACCAUCAACUUUCUGCGCAAGAUGUGUCGGCAUCUUCCAGGGACACUAUGUGCCUUCGAAUAUUCUGGUCCAGCAUGAUCUUGUCGACAGUGAGGCCGCAUGGUUUAUGACCCAAAGCCUUGGUAAAGGGGGAAACACCGAGUGGAAAGUCAGGCUGGACAAAGAUCCAGAAAAAGAAGCCCCAGCGCCAUAUCUUCACCACAGUCUGCAAGACUUGGAAGAAUCGGCAGAUAGAUGCGUCUUUUGUGCCAUGAUCUGGGAAAGGUUGACUAUUGAGGGGUUUAUAUAUCACCCUUCAAGUCUAGACGAGAUAAAGAAGAAGGAUCUCAUUGGCAUCCCAACCAUCAAGUCCCAAGUAGCCCAUACUGGUAUAUUCUCCUUUGCGAUUAUUUAUGUCACUUGGUCAGGACACAAUUGGAAAGGUAUUACCUUUCACAGAUUUACGGUGUUUAAAGCCAUUAACCUUGGGAACGAAGAUGAUAGGGCUAUAUGGAAACCCAUGUUUGAUCGGCAACAGUCACUUUUACGAAUUCGCCGCUGGCUGGAAUCAUCAACCGCGACUUCAGACCUUCGCCCUCAGUUGCCUACGAGGCUUCUUCAUUGCCAACCAUCAAGUCCCGGAGGUGAUCCUAAAGUCAGACUAGUGGAUUCCAUCAAUAUUGAUCCCUCGACACGCUAUGCCGCUCUCACUCAUCGCUGGGGUGCCGUACAGCCUCUUAAGUUAUUGGAAGCUCGGGAAUCGGGAUUUCAUGACAACAUUCCGUUCGCGUCUAUUCCGGCUACGUUUCAAGACGCCAUAAAAUUAGCAAACGACAUCGGAAUGGAGUACAUGUGGAUAGAUUCCCUCUGCAUUGUGCAGGACUCCAAGGAUGACUGGCAAGCUGAAGCUGCGCGUAUGGCGUCUGUGUAUUCUCAGUCAUAUGUCACCAUCGCUGCUACUGCUGCGGAGGAUUCGGCCGCAGGGCUCAAGCAGCAGACUACAAUGCUCAGACACCCAUGUGAGAUCACUCCAUCAUGGACAGGCUUCGAGGACGAAAUCCCAUCAGGGCCUAUACGAAUUAUAAUUCAAUCUGGUUUUUGCGACGAAGUUCUUUCAAAGCCCCUAUUUCGUCGAGGUUGGACGUUCCAGGAAUGGAUUUUAUCAACCAGAACAAUCCAUGUGGCCCGAGAUCAACUUUGGUGGACAUCGGCCACGAAUAUGAAGUCUCAAGGUUACGCUGCAAACGAGACUUGCGAAUCAUAUGACUUUGAUGUCGAUCGAAACUACGCUCACGCUAUGGCGCCUGGAGCUCUGUACUCGCUUACAAACGAGUCCCCGGAAACUCUUGCUCGAGUAUGGCAUGACCUAUUGCAGGAAUACACGUCGCGGGAUCUCACCUUCGAAUCCGAUCGCCUGGUAGCCUUUGCCGGGAUCGCGGCUUUAUAUCAAAGCUUUGCAAAGCUCCCUCCUGGCUCAUACCUGGCAGGAAUAUGGCGCCAAGUCAUCCCACAGGAUCUUUUAUGGUCUGUUACUGACGGGAGAAAAGUUUUGCCACCGCAACUUUAUCGUGGUCCUUCAUGGUCCUGGGCUUCAGUUGAGCCAGCACCGAACUGGAAUGGGAAGUUUUCAGUCAGCAUGAGAGACAUAAAUGUCAACCUCCUACCGAAGGAAGAGCCAUGGGUUGCUGUGGGUACUGUCCUGGAGGCAUCAGUCGAGGCUGUAAGCUCUGAGUUUGGCCCCGUGUCUGGGGGCCACUUGGUAUUUCAUGGGCCAUUGAUCAAAGCCCGCCUCGGCCUGGUGCUGAUAGACCUUUCGAAUCGUCUCACUGCAGAACAAGCUGCUGAGUUUGUGCCAGGUGGCAAAUUGCAGUACAUGCGAAAUUACGUAUCGUUGCCAGAUCGCACAGGUGCUGCGGCAGAAGCACGCGCCGAGAUGCAAAUGACAAUGGCUCAUUUAGACGCUGCUCUUUCGGUGGUGUCUGAUGAGGAAAUCGACGUCUACCUGGCUGUCAUCUAUUGUCGAAUUGGCCUCAAUGGACAUCCAAACGCUCAUACGUUGGUUCUCGUUAGGGGGCCAGAAAGGGGAGAGUAUCGUAGAAUUGGAUACGUUUCGCUGACAGAGGAUGUUAUGAACCCAUGGAAAGAGACUAGGGAUUUUGGUGUUUUCGACGCUCUUACGGAUGAGAACGGGUAUCUCAGCGUUGGAGAUCGGCCCGGUUAUUACAACUACCGCAUCGUCUAG